GCGGCCUACGGCACGCAUGCGCAUGAGCACGAUACAAGACACAAGCCUGGACGGGCCGUUCUAACCUACCGUUACCCGCCACGUACAAUUCGGUCCGGUAUCAUAUGCUCGUGUAGCCAGAACACAAGCGACGCGUCCGCAGGCGGGCCUGAUAUGAUAUCCGCCGAAAGUUUCGUAUGAUAUCCGUCGUGUAAAAUGGCCGUCACUAAGAAACAUACGAAGUUAUUCGUCUGCGCGGCCGGUAUAUUUGUGUGCUACUUCUACUUUGGUAUGCUGCAAGAGAAGAUCACGCGCGGGCAGUACGGCGAUGGGGAGAACCGUGAGAAGUUCACCUACAUGUUCGCGCUGGUCUUCGUCCAGUGCCUGCUGAAUUACGCGUUCGCCAAGACGAUCUUGCUGACGGUGAUGAAGCAGGGCGAGGACACCACGUCGACUCUGUACUACUCGCUCUCCGCCCUCACGUAUCUUCUCGCCAUGGUGUGCAGCAACAUGGCACUGCAGUUCGUCAGUUAUCCGACGCAGGUGAUCGGUAAGGCCGGCAAACCCAUACCCGUCAUGAUACUCGGUGUACUGCUAGGAAAGAAGGUAUAUCCGAUUAGAAAGUACGCGUUCAUCUUCUUGAUCGUCAUCGGAGUCGCGUUGUUCAUGUACAAGGACGGCAACGCCUCGAAGAAGCAAGCGGAGUCGCAGCUGUCGGUCGGCGAGUUGCUGUUACUGCUGUCGUUGAUGAUGGACGGACUGACGAGUGCGGUUCAGGAACGAAUGCGGGCGGAGCAUAAUUCAAAGUCCGGCCACAUGAUGCUUAAUAUGAAUCUCUGGUCUGCUAUCUGUAGCGGCACGGUAAUUCUCAUUUCCGGGGAGCUCGUUGAAUUCAUUCGUUUCCUCCAGAGAUACCCAGCUACCAUAUGGCACCUGAUGACAUUCUCUAUAGCCGGGGCGUUCGGGCAGUACUUUAUAUUUCUAACAGUAGCCGAAUUCGGCCCACUGCCCUGCUCAAUUAUAACCACCACUAGGAAAUUUUUCACCGUUUUAGGCUCUAUAUUAAUCUUCGGCAAUAAUCUCUCGCCUAGGCAAUGGAUAAGUACGUUUGUAGUAUUCUCAGGUUUAUUCCUCGAUGCUAUGUACGGCAAAGAUAAAAGCAAGAAGGAUACUGUAAAAUAGAAUGUGAUAAUUAUCUCAGCAUUUACUUCAGGCGGCAGACUAAGGCCCGGUUACGCCGGCGUGGCACAGUUUUAGCUUCAGCUUCAUUCACUCUUCGUCGCUUGAUAUCUGUUUUCCCUAGAAAGAGACGAAGAGUGAAUUGAGCGACGCUGGUGCAACCGGGCCUAAGCAAUGCACUCCCGGCAUUUAAAUCAUCAUAUCGCCACAGUAAUUUAUAAUUUACUAUAAAUAUAUUAGGGUUUCUAUUCUGAAUCGCGGAUGUAAAUUAUUAGCAAAGGCGUUGUUAUACUUCCGUUUAUAUUUUUGUAAAUGGUACAAAAUAAGCGAAUGAAAGGAAAUUGCGUAAUUUUCUACAUUUGCACAAAGUUAAUUUAGGGAUAAAAACGGAUAAAAAGUUGAUAGCAUAUGUAAAAAUAUAAUAGAAUGUCUAAUUCUAACAAUUUUUCAUUAUCAUUGGCACAGUUAAUAAUUUUCUGAGAAUCGAGAAAUGGCUUUAAUAUCAAGGUGUUUACAUUUUUGUUAAUUAGUAGAUUAUGUAAUCUCACAUUGAGACUCCUGAUCUUCCUCGUUGCGUGUUGAAUAUUGGAAAAUUAUAUGAAUUCCGUUGUGCUGUAUAUAAAAAUAAAUUAGGUUUUUCACGUACUACCAUUUUGACAGCACAGAUUGAUAAAAUAUACCGAAUAUUUAUCUCAAUUUGGAGGAAAAAAUUGAUAAACGGUUACAAAUUUAAAUUGUCAAUUAUGAUAAAUUCAGGUUAUUUUGUUGAAAAUAUGAUUGAAUGUACAUUAACGUACACGUUUAGUUAUCACAUACAUAUAGCAGAGGCUGAUGUGCAGAACAAAGGAGAUUUUUGACAGAAAAAAUUUGAAUUGUGACUAGAAAAUGUAAGAUUAAAAUCUGAUUUAUUAUUUCUGAGGUUACGAUUCGACAUAAUUGUAAAACGAGUCGGAAAUUUUCAGAUCGGUGUAUGCUCUAGACGCAUCUAUCCUAAUUUGAAGCAGAACUUUUCGCCCUUUUAUUCGUCCUGAUUCCACGUAAGUGGGUUUUUUUUUAUGCAUCACUGCGUUUAUACUUCGGCCAAAAGGUUGUAUGAUUGCGUGAGGUCUCACGUUCGCGUGCGAGUUUUUACUCUUUACGUUUUCGUUCCUUGAGACUUUCAGAAAGCUGCAUAAUCAUGGCAUAAUUAGACAUAGGCUGUCAAGACAAAAGGAUAAGACGAACAUUG